UGGACCAUGGAGUCCUCAAGGCGCUCCGGCACGAAGUGGCGCUGCCAGGCUCUCCCUGCUGCCAUGGGUGUUUUGAAGCUGUGGCUCUGUGAGCUCUGGGUACUGCUGCUGGGUUCCGGUUUGAGCGCAAGAUUUUUGCCACUCGAAGAGGACGUAGACUUUAUCAAUGAGUACGUGAGCCUCCACAAUGAGCUCCGGGGCGACGUCACUCCCCGAGGGUCUAACUUGCGCUUCAUGACUUGGGAUGUAGCUUUGUCACGGACUGCUAGAGCAUGGGGGAAAAAAUGUUUGGUUACAUCUAAUACUUAUUUAGAAGAACUAAAUAUGGCCCAUCCUACAUUUAAUGGUAUUGGUGAAAAUACCUGGAUUGGCCCCGAAAAUGAAUUUACUGCAAGUAUUGCUAUCAGAAGUUGGUAUGCAGAGAGCAACAACUAUCAUUAUGAAAAUGACAGUUGUACUGAUGAGUGUUCUCAUUAUUUGCAGCUUGUUUGGGACAACUCUUACAAGGUUGGUUGUGCUGUUACUCCAUGUUCAAGAAUUGGACAUAUUAAACAUGCAGCAGUUUUCAUAUGCAACUAUGCACCAGGAGGAACUCUGAGGAGAAGGCCUUAUAAAGGUGGAUUAUUUUGUACUCAGUGUGGCAGAGCUGACACUUGCACAGAUAAUUUAUGCAGUAAGAUAAAGAAAAUAACUUAAAUGUGAAAAGGAAAAAAAAAAAUCCAUGGUGCAUUGGACAAGAAAAAUGAAGUGAUUGAUCACUAGUUUUUCAUUGCCAUGUUAAUAUUGUUCCUUUGAUCAGAAUGCUGUUAUUAUCAAAGGAGGAUUGAAACAGAAUCAUCUUUAGAGUUUUCUAAACUACACAGCCUCUUCUACCUUUCCUUACCCCUCUUCCUGCCCCUAAGAGCAUACCAGAAUGUCAAAAAGAAUGAAUGAGAACUAACAGUUAUACUCUGAAAAAAGUAUUAUAGUUAACAACAGUCUAAGAGUGAGAGCUUUUGGGAAUGACUGCUCUAAAGGAUGAGGUAUCCCAAAUAUAUAUAUAUAUAAAGAGAAGGUUGGUAAACUAGCAAAUGUUUAAUAGCCUUUUUAGUUCCUCCCCCCUAAAAAAAAACCCUAAAAUCCCCCAAAAUAUUCAGCAAGAGAAAAAUAGAAAAUCUGUUUGAUUAAAUUUUUCUUUUUGUUUUCCCAAACAUAAGUGCAUAUAAUCCAAAAGUAUAACUAUACCUGGAAUAUACAGUUCUUAGAGGAAUGUGAUAAGGGGUAAAGUCAGACAGUAGGUAAGGAACAUAUACUUUUGUGCACAUCAUUGGAGUGAAUCCACUCCAACAUUUCUAUCCUUGCUUUACUUGAAUUGUGAAGGAAAGUCUUGCUUUUUACUCUUGCUCUUCCUUUUCCACUUCUCAUCCUUUUCCAGAAAAAUUCAAUCCUAAAAUCAUUAGGUAGGUCAGAGCUGCCAGAGGAGCACCCAGGUGUUUUAUGUUAUAAACAUAAGCACGCUAAUGAGGGAUUCA